GUUGGAAAUGACGCAAUUGUUUUUAUUUUUAAUUGGUACCCUGAGUAAUUCGUACCAUCAAGGAAGUCUGGGAAACAAAUCACGUUUGUUUCAAUCACCUGUGGAACUGGGGCGAUUCCCCCCCCCCCCCAGUGACUUUAUCACGAAGUUAACUUUGGAAUAUGCUAGUGGUUAAUACACGGAACGUUCCCGAGAUCCCUCAAGAAAGAAGCUACGAAUACUUAGAAGAUACUAUUCCGCAGCGUUUACAGACAGUUAACACUGUCCGUUCCAGAAGGAUUCGAGUGACGGCCUGCUUUGAAGGCGAAGACCACAGGGUAACCCAAGCUUCAGAAGGGUUCUGGCCACGGAGCCACACUGGUCACUGUCUCCUAGUGCUGGGAUGACGGCUCGAGCAUUAGAGGAUCCCACUCACUCCUCUGGUAGAUGAGGUCAGAGAGCUGAGGGGGCCAGAACAAGUCUUCCUUAUCGGAUUCUGGGCGGAAAAAGAGAAAGUCCUCCCGGACUUUAGUAAGAGUCAUUGUUACGAAUUGUUCUAGGCAAGGAGAACUCAGGAGAAAUAGGCCCAAGUUUUGAUUUCUGUUUUCACCAAGCCGCAAGUCCUAAUCGUAGCAAGAGGUGCGAGGGAGUCGCCUUCCUUCCCGCCUAGUGGGACCCAAGUCAGGCUGUCUUUGUUAGCCAGGGUCAAAGAGGCUCUGCCAGGGAAAAACGACGGCAAAUAUUUUUCAAGAGGGAGGGAGUCUCCAGCCACUUGUGACCUUAUGAAAUCCGUCUGGGCCAAAAAGAUAAUGGACGCUUGGCUGAGGGCCCCAGGGACACACGUUUCCUCCUGUAUGGAGAAGGCGGGACUCUUCAUAAAAUUACAGUGCACACAGAGCUGGCAUCAAGGUCCACUCCCGGGCUACACACACAGCUCCGAGGCCCUCAGGCGGAGACCCAGAGCCCGCGAGGGGCGUCACGUGCAGGCACACUACCGCGGAGGCUGGAGCCCGGCCUCGGGGCGGGGCGAGGGCCAGUCACGUGUGUCCGCCGCCGUCUCCUCGAUUUCCCUACAAGGACUUGGGCCGACGGGCCCCGCCCUUCGCCGUGCCCUGGAAUGUGCGACCAAGCAAAGCCACAGGACGGACGCAACCAUCUGCGGAAAAGAUAGGGGGGAGGAAGGCUUAACACUGCAACAAGAGGUACAAAAAAGACGGAAACUCAGUUAACAGGACCCAGCGAACCAUUAUAUAUUGCUCUAUAUUCUAGGUCGCCCGCUUUACACUUCCUUCUCGUGCACUUGGUCAAUACCGUGCUCGCUGACCACAUUGGCGACUUCCCUCCAUGUCGCCCCUCCGUGAAGUCUGGCCCACUCUGCGGGCCAAGAAAGGUGACCCGGUUUCCUUCCGGCUUGCUAAGCGGAGGCCGGAAGCGGUGGUUUUUAGCGGCUCUCUGGAUAGUAGGGUGGUGGUGUAAUAGCGGCAGCGAGGGGCUCGCAGAGGUGCUCGGAUUCUCGUAGCUGUGCCGGGACUUAACCACCACCAUGUCAAGCAAAAGAGCAAAGACCAAGACCAAGAAGCGCCCUCAGCGCGCAACAUCCAAUGUGUUUGCCAUGUUUGACCAGUCACAGAUUCAGGAGUUCAAAGAGGCCUUCAACAUGAUUGAUCAGAACAGAGAUGGCUUCAUCGACAAGGAAGAUUUGCAUGAUAUGCUUGCUUCAUUGGGGAAGAAUCCAACUGAUGAGUAUCUGGAUGCCAUGAUGAAUGAGGCUCCAGGCCCCAUCAAUUUCACCAUGUUCCUCACCAUGUUUGGUGAGAAGUUAAAUGGCACGGAUCCUGAAGAUGUCAUCAGAAAUGCCUUUGCUUGCUUUGAUGAAGAAGCAACCGGCACCAUUCAGGAAGAUUACCUGAGAGAGCUGCUGACAACCAUGGGGGAUCGGUUUACGGAUGAGGAAGUGGACGAGCUGUACAGAGAAGCACCUAUUGACAAAAAGGGGAAUUUCAAUUACAUCGAGUUCACGCGCAUCCUGAAACAUGGAGCAAAAGACAAAGAUGACUGAAAGAAUUUCAAAUUCCAGCCAAACGUUCCUUGUUGCCACUUUGGGUAUUUUUGAGAUUUUCUCUUGCAUGCCCUUAGCUUUACAGCUUUUGCAUUUCCUGUUGUAUUUAUUCUCAGCCAUUUUGGGCAUAUGUAUCUUUAUACUCAGACUGGAAAAGGGACUUUCUAUUGAUAUCAUUUUCAGAAUAGAAAAUAGGGUAAUUUAACCUACCAGCCCUUCCCCCCAAUAACUGUGGUCUAUACAGAGUCAAUAUAUUUUUUUCAGAGAAAGUUAUUUGCUCGAUUUUUUCUGAAUCAUAAUUAAACUUUAUGAUAACAUA